CAAAAAAAAUAUAAGCUUUUGAAAAAUUCAGGAUUCACCUCCAAUGAAAGAGUGUCCGGACAAUGAGAGCAGAGGGAGGGGAAGAUGACCCUCUCACUCUGUUACUCUGCCACCACCGCCAAGAUCAAGAAGAUGCAGAGGACUGUAGUCUGAUCAGACGCACGUGGCAGGAGUCAAAAGAGCUAUGGCAAAUAGCAGGCCCCUCCAUCUUCAGCCGCAUCGCCAUGUUCUCCGUCACUGUCAUCACCCAAUCCUUCGCCGGCCACCUCAGUGACCUCGACCUCACCGCCAUCUCCAUCGUCACUACCGUUAUCAUUUCCAUCAGUUUCGGUUUCAUGCUUGGCAUGGCGAGCGCGCUGGAGACACUGUGUGGCCAGGCCUACGGAGCCAAACAGUACCAUAUGUUGGGCAUACACAUGCAGCGUUCUUGGACAGAUGCGGUGGCGGAGCAGACCGGAUUGGUGGCUCUGUGGUCGAUUCCGUUUCACUUGAGCUUCCCAUUUCAGAUGACACUGCAGAGGUUCUUGCAGAGCCAGCUAAAGAUGGGGGUAAUAGCUUGGGUAUCUGGUGGGGUUUUGGCACUCCAUGUAUUUGUUAGUUGGCUUUUUGUGCUUAAAUUGGAGAUUGGGAUAGUGGGGACUAUUCUUACUAUUGGUUUUGCUUGGUGGGUAUCGGUUGUGGCAUUGUUUGCAUAUACCGUCUGUGGUGGGUGCCCUGAAACUUGGACUGGGUUUUCAGUUCAAGCUUUUUUGGGGCUGUGGGAUUUCUUUAAGCUUGCUGUAGCUUCUGGUGUCAUGCUCUUGUUAGAGAAUUUCUACUAUAGAUGCUUGGUCAUAAUGUCUGGAUUUAUGAAUAAUGCUGAAAUUUCAAUUGAGGCUCUUUCCAUCUGCAUGACUAUCUAUGCUUGGGAAUCCAUGAUUCCGCUGGGAUUUUUGGCAGCAACUGGAGUGCGUGUAGCAAACGAACUUGGUGCCGGCAAUGCCAAAGGUGCAAAAUUUGCAACUACUGUUUCAGUCUUGACCUCCCUAGCGGUAGGACUUCUAUUUUGGGUUACAGUACUAGCAUUUAAUAAGGAGCUUGCAAUGAUAUUUACCUCAAGCAUUCCGGUCAUUGAAACAGGUCAAUGACUUAUCGCUGUUGCUGGCAUUCACCAUUCUUCUUAAUUGCAUUCAGCCAGCGCAUUGAAGUUCUUCAAGGGCCGUUGGGGCUUGAUCUUGAAGGUUGAUGGAUGAGCGGAUCUUCAAGGGAUUUUGGGCUUAAUCUUG